GAGCUGCCUCCAGAUGAAAAACCUGUAGGUUUGGCAGUGAUGCCAUCUGAUGAUGUACUGGUGAUGUCUGCCAAAAGUGACCAGCUGCAUCGGGAUACAGCUUUCCUGCACACAUAUCAGUUUGCAUCAGUUGACAUCCACCUUAGAAAACUGACCAUUAAAAAAGAAUCUCUUUUAGAUGUUAAAUCAUUUAGGAAAGAUGUUGAGUUACCUUGCUCUGACCUAUGCUUGCAUGUACCACUACAUGCAGAAAACAUUAGCUCUGAUAUACAGUGUUUGCAUCUACCUGCACAAGACAUUCGUAAACUUGAAGCAGGCAACACCAAGAAAAUUAUUGAAGAGAUGAAUGUUAAAGAAGAAAUCAAUGCGAAGGAAUUGAUUAGUAUUCAAGAAAUUCCACCUCAAAAAGAUGUUGGAGUGCAGUGUGAAUCCAACAAUUAUCCCCUUGCAGAAUCUGCCCCUUCUAUUGAACUUCAAUGGUUUUCUGGAAAAACGUGGGUUUAUAAAUCAUUUGUACUUGAAUCAAAAUGUUACCUGAGACUUUGUGAUGUGAAAAAUGCAUACAGGAUUUCUGAAGUUGAGAUUAAAAUUGGUGGCAGAUGGUUUUACCUUCCUGAAGAUAAAGAUGGCUUUGCUAAGAUGAGAUUCAAACCCGGAUGUAUUUAUCAGAUACAAGAUUGUCAUUAUUUUAUUCCAAAUAAGUGAGUGUCACCAACUGUACCGAGGUCAAUUCUACAGACAUUCUCCUGGAUUCAGAAGUGUAAACUAAGGAUAUUUAAUCGGUUGAAUAAUAAAGAUAGGCAUAUAUAGCACUUUUAUGCCAUCAAGGCCUCUGACUCGCUUCUAAUUACUACCCCUUUCAUUGGAUCCUAUUGGUUGUGGUGGUGUAACAUGGCAUAGGAUAAACUCUAAAUUGAAGCCCAGUGUGCAUAAUUUGGCUCAUGUACACUUUAAACAACCCUCUAUACACAUUACUGCUCAGUGCACCCUCCGAUUUGAGACCUCUCUAAUUCCAAGACCCCUGUAAUUCGAGACCACUUUUCCAAAGACCCAAAUAACAAUCUUCAACACAAAGCUAGCCCUCUAAUUGGAGACCAACCCCGAGACCACCCUAAAUUUUCAGGUCUCAAAUUGGAGGGUGAAGUGUAUACAAACAUACAUUACGUACUACUGUAUACAUUUUUCGAGACGAGUAGUGGUUUAUCCCUAUUUAUACAGCCCCUGUGAGUUAGCAACAAACUGGAAUGGUUUGUAGUUUUUCAUGUUGCUCAGACAUAAAGUGGAUUGUAUUGGACUAUUCGGUGUAAACAAUAAUAAAAUCUGGUUUUUUUUUUUCUGUUAUAUUUUGAUUAAAGACUUUGUCCACUUGUUUUUAAAUGUAGAAUCGAUUAUGCUGCAAUAAGAAGUGAUCCUAUCCUGUCAAGAGUAUAUCUUGAGUAUUGUUUAAAUAGAUUUAAAUAUAAUUAUGACUUCAGUUGAUAAUGAUAUAGCUUGUGACCUUCAAUAUUGAAGUAUAUUCCACAGUGUGUUUUUUUCUAGUUUUAUAUAAUACAUGCAUUUGCUAUAAAAAAAAAAUUAAAAAAAAAAAAAAGUUUAUAUUUCACAUUCAGGGAAAAUUUGGUUCAUUUAUAUAACUCACUUGUUCAUCCCAUCAUUUGAUUAUUAAAGGUAAGGUACAUCUACAGAAGUGUGCAUAUUGUCAUGGCAUUAAUUUUGUAUGCGCUUAUACUAUUAAUUCCUUCCCAGAUUAUCAAAUUUUCUUUAAAAAAAACUGUUGUAUGUCCAUAUAAAGUCAUGAUGUGCCUAUAUAUGGUCAUGAUGUGAUGUCAUCAUGACCAUAUUUAGACAUGUCACAUGUUUUUGUCUAUAAAAUUUGAUAGUCUGGACAGGGCUUUAGUCUGUUCAUUGUAUCAAAUGCAUAGUAAUGCAGCAGUAAUCAGCGCAUAGUGUGGACACACCUUAUUAUAUAGAUAACUAUUUAAUUUAUGUAAAUGUGCGUUGAAUCUAGGUCUGAUUGUGAGACAUAGCUUGGGACAUAGCAAUGGACUGACAGGGGUAUACAAUCGUCAUAAAGCCAUUUACAGUAUUAUGGUUCAAUCAAUCCAGACGGCUGUUUAUAGCAACAUGCCCUGUGUGAAAAACAUUUUUAAAUGUGAGGUACUGGCAAUAUUCGAAACUUAAUAAGGUUUUAAUUAUAACAAAUAAAUGUAUUAGCAACAUUGGAAUGAUCAUCAAAAUAGUUAUUGCAAAUCACAGGGGCAGCUAUAUCACAUCGUAUCAUUAUCAAGAAUGUCCUAAAUUGUCCGUGCGAAAGAAAAGGGUUUGGAGGCCACUAUUUAAUUAAAUGUUCUGUAUAAUGUGGGCCCAUAUGCAUACUCAAGUCUCCAUUUCCAACAGUUAUUAAUAUACUGUACCAGAUAACUAUAAAGGUAAAACAUGGCAUUUUUGUUUUGUUAUUUUUAAAGAGAUGUUUCAUUAAAGCAAAUUGAAAUAUGUCUAGAAAAUACAA